UCGUACCUCUAGCCUAGCGUCAACUUAGUCCGAGCUUCAUCAGCUUCUAUUCCAAGCUUUUUGUCCCAAGCGUCUAGAUUUUAGGUCCCUCAACCUCAAAUACUCAAGAGUUUAUUCAUUUCCCUUACUUAACGACACUGUAUACUGAGUCUUGGCACUCACUUACUACAUUUACAGCUUUAUACAUUAUACUCUCGCGACAAUGGCUCCAACACAGCCUGAGAACCCAUCUAGACUUGCUGGCAAUGAGCAGCGUCAGCAAUCACCACAAUCGCCAAUGGAGGAGAUCUCGCUCCAACCCAUGGCUCCUCAACCUAUGAACCCUGAAGCCCCACAUCCCGAGUCGCAGGAGAUGGGUCUGCGUGGUGGUGAUCGGGGCGGCAUGUGCCCCGGACGGUUCUGCUUCUGCGUUCCUUGCCCAAUACCCUGUGACUUCUGUAUCAUCUAAGCAGGCCAGGUGUAGAAAUUGAUGUUGGAAUUGUUGGCUGCCGAACUGAGAUGGUACGUGAGGCUUGACAAAAGAAGUUAAGGGGGAUGGUUUUCUGCGGAAGCAAUACAGGCAAUCAUGGGCUUAUAUCACGGGAACACGGCGAAUCGAUUGUUUUGAGAGGCCUGGGUGUUUUGUUUCUAUUUCAUGGCGAAUACAUUAUUCUAUGUUUCCUCAGUCGCUCUGCCUCACCUCGUGGUCCAAGCCCGCGUCGGUGCGACUAGCGUUCCGUGUCAUUUCGUUGUUGCAACCGUAACUGCGUAUUUUUAAAUGCACAAACCACAUGUAUGAGAGAAGCACAAGUACAAUGAGCUCGAUGCAGGCGGAAUCACUCUGCUCGAGGUCGGGGUGCGUGAGUCAGUA